AUGGAGCGCGCUAAGGGCGAGGAGAAAUGUAAGGAGAUCCAAGCGGCUUUCGAAAUCCUCGGCGAUCGCGAAAAAAGGGCCCAUCACGACCGGAUAUAUCCUCAUCGAGCUCGAAACAACUGCGAGGACGCAGAGAACCAGCAAGAGCAGGAGGAGUGGGAAGCCUUUGAGAAUGUCCUGGACUGGAGAGCACAUUUCUUUGAGGUUCAACAGGAGCGCGAAAGGGCGAAGAGACGGAAGGAGCGGAAAGAGCAGGAGGAAUUUGAGGAUUUCAUGCGCCGAAGAGCACGUUCCCAUCCGCCUCAGGCUCAGAGGCUCGACGCCGAAACGCAACAUGCCUGGGCCAUGGUGUGCCGGAAUCUCUCCUCCGAUCACACCCCUUUCGCAAGCAUUUGA